CACCAAUUCGGCCACCAUUUUUGCCUGCGUAGGCGAAGGUAUUUUCCUUGGCAAAAAUGAAAAAGAUGAUGUUUCUUGUUCGAUUUCUCCAUGCUUCAACCCUCACCUUUUGCUUGGCAACGUUCGCUUUCGGAGCCACUCUAUUGCCGGAUGGAGAAGUGGAAGCUUUACGUGAGAUAGCGAAUACGUUAGGGAAGACGGACUGGAAUUUCAGCGUAGAUCCAUGCAGUCAACAACCUGGAUGGUUCGACGGACCAGCAGCAGGAUCAUUCGAGAAUAAUCUCACCUGCGACUGCUCCAACGGAACUAGAUGCCACGUUGUCAGCAUUUGA